AUGCCACUCUUCAAACAACUCUCAGACUUCCUCUCCGGCCGCUCCUCCAGUCGACCCCCCUCCUCCCCGCAAACCUCCCCCGAUCCUGCGCCCCCAUCAGAUGCGACCUCCGACCACAUACAGCGGACUGAGACGUCCGGCGCAUGGAAUUCCGGUUCGCCUAUAGAUUACGGAUCUCUUCAUACAUCUCUUGAAAGUCUUGAUCCGGUCACCACUGCUUUCAGCAAUGCCGAAGGACUUCGACAUCCUUACGAACACCGACCUGUACGUCCACAAUAUCGCCAGACCGUUCCUCGAUCAGAUUCAGGAAUGCGUCGCCUGUCUGGCGACACAACACAUGCCAAGUCGCGCCAGCGUUCCGAAGCAUACGAUGAACUUAGGUUGUUUCCUCCCAAUAAGUGGAAUGACCCCGGUGGAAUCCCUAUAGUGCCAGGACAAACAAAGAGCAAUAAGCCCAAGUCACCUUUCAGACCUGUGGAUACGAUAUCGAAAGGCCGAGACAGUGGACCGGUUCGUGCACAAGGAAAACCGAAUCGCCUACGGAACAGCCAGCCAGGAAAUGUCACAGGAUACGCAGGCUCUGAAAGACCCAACAAACGGCGCCGCCAGGAUACCCUCGAUUCCAGCCGUGGAAAUUUCACAAAACCGUCUGACAACGAUGUUGAGCACCCCGCUCAGGAGGCGCCCCGCAUCGCCGGUCACCCACCACUGGACGAGUACCGAAGCACUGAAAAUAUCGUGAGACCUUCCCGGAUACAACCAAGCCCAAAGCGUGGUCCCUUACCCAACUUCGGAGCACCGUCCGAUGAUGACCGCGACGAACGUUUCACGAAAAAUGCAACCAAAGAAAGACGGAGAAACAAUUCUUUCAUCGCCGACGUAGACUCCGGCGCCGAGCAGGAACGACCUGACAAACAUGAGAUCCUACAAAGCGUCGAAAUCAUAAAUGCGAAAUCACAGGACCCUGCAAAUAAGACAAAGAUGGGUCUGCGUCAUGAGCCGGAAAUCGCGGCAAAACCCAGAAGACGGGUGUCUGAAUCGCGGGAGAGUCCCGAUGAGCUUCAAGGGGCGGUAACGGUGCGGCCACCGCCCGCUCAAAUUGGAGACAAGAGAGCUGAGCUUGGAAGUCAACGCACGACAGGCCGUGAGCACCAGUCUCAAGACAUCAAACCAACUCUUUUCGAAGCCUCCGGGCCAAGCAAGAAAGGGAAACGGAAGAACAAGAAGACCAAAGCUUCCGAAAUGUCGAACCAGCGAUCCUUCAAAGCGAAGCUCGUCCGAACUGGUCCUAUCGAACAGCAGGCAUCGGACGGCAAGUCCGUUGAGGUUCACGUUGACAUGACAAAACGCACAAUCGCACUGUGUCAAGAGACAGAUUUGGAGAACGUUUUUGAAGCGCCUCUUUCUAGAGUACGACAGAUCCUGAAAGCAGAAUCACCAAACAAUAAGGUUAGAUUAGUGCUAUCGAAGACGUCGGAACUCGAUAACCGGAUCGAUAUCGAGUUCAUGUCUUUCACUGUGAAGGAGGAAUUCUGCUGUUUAUUGGGUGAGGUCGACGUUCGUGACAAGUCAAGCGAAUGGAUGGACAAAGCGUUCAACAAGGCCCAAAGAGAAACUAAUCAAUCUACAAAUGGAAUGAAACGGCCAUCAUCGGAAAGCGGCCUUGAGCAAGUCCCGGACAAGCAGCGUGACACCACGAAACGGGUGAAGCUUACGGACAAUCUGCGAGAUGAAAACGGGGUUGCCGCUGGGAGACAGCCGUCGCCGCCGGACGCCGCCUCUCGGGAACGUGCAAACCCCUCCCUUACUGCACCCAAGCCCAACAAGUCGAACCCAUCGCAGCCUGAAUCAAGCCCAAGCCGUGUGUCGAAGAGCGCCACGGACCCCGGUGUGGAAAUUCCCGUGAAGAAGUCUGCGUCCAGCAUCACCACAAGAGCCAUGUCGCGUCUUCCUUCCGCGACUACUGUAGUGUGUGACGAUAGCGAUGAUGAAAAUACGCAGCCACCUUUGCCAGCUGUAAACACUGAAAAGUGGCACAAACCCCUUGUUUAUCCGCUAGUUGGGAAAAAGAAGGCCGAGGUGGAUGUUUACGACCUUGACCGACUGCGCGAGAACGAGUUCUUGAACGACAACCUUAUCGGGUUCUACAUUCGAUUCCUGCAAGAUCAUCUGGAGCGCACCAAUAGUGACGCGGCGAAGAGAGUCUAUUUCUUCAACUCUUUCUUUCACGAUACACUUAUGAAUGUCCCUCGAGGAAAGCGGGGCAUAAAUUAUGACGGCGUGCAGAAGUGGACGAGGACCGUCGACAUAUUUAGUCAUGAUUAUGUCGUGGUUCCAAUCAAUGAAAGUGCGCACUGGUAUGUUGCUAUAAUUUGCAACUUACCAAGCCUGCAGGGGAUUGUCCAGGAAGGGCUGGAUCCAAAUGAACCAACACCAGGCGAAAAAGAGCCUUCGGGGCCACCAGACAGUCAGGUUCAGGAGAUCUCUGAAACGCCAGAGCCGGAAGUAGCCACCGAUAAGGACAAGGAAGAAAAACACGCUAACGGCUCAGGCCCUACGAGAGCGGAGUUAGCUAGGCGAUCCCUAGAAACGAUGAGGAUAGCUGAUGGGGCUGGAAAAGACCAGCCUGCAGAGAGUCCUGCUGCAGACCAAGAGUGGCCUGAACUCGAAGCUAGCCCAGAAAGGCCUUCCAAAACUCUUUCCAGUCUCACAGAGAACGCGACGACGCCCGAGAAGCUUGAUACGAAGGAAGCUGCUCAACUGCCCGAACCAUCAGCUAAGCCUCGCAAACAAAAGGCAAAGCGAGCGGGCCCUAGAUACGACGUCUGCCAGCCGAUCAUUAUUACUUUUGACUCGCUGAAUGUGCCCCGUUCGCCAACAAUAAGCUCCCUUCGUGAAUAUUUAUACGAAGAAGCCAAAUCCAAGAAGGGCGUCGAAAUCGACAAAGGCCUGAUCAAGGGUAUGAGGGCCCGGGAUAUUCCCCUGCAGCCCAACUAUUCCGACUGCGGUCUGUAUCUUCUGGCGUACCUGGAGAAAUUCGUCCAAGAUCCGGAUGUGUUUGUCAGGAAGCUUCUUCAGAAGGAGAUGGAUUCGAAAGACGACUGGCCUCCGCUGAAGUCCGGUCUCCUCCGACGGCGACUCCGCAAAUUCCUUGACAUGCUUUAUGACGAGCAGGAGCAGCUCAAACGCCAUGAGAUCAGUGACAAAGACACUAUGGUGAAUAAGAAGCCAGUCUGUUACCUACUCGGUAGUCCCGUGCUGGAGGGUGCGGAGAGCGAAAGCAAACGUUCACCCCGGAAAAAAGAGUCGUCGAAUGGCUCGGAGGGCCUUGCUCAGGCUGUGAAUUCUGAACGACAGUCGCAAGCCGAAGCGGGAACUAGCGCGGGCCAGGACAAACCUAAGGAGAUCCAAAGAUCACCGGUAGUGGACACCAAAGAGUCACGGCACCCCGAAGCAUCUCCCGAGAAAGAUGUUGUCCUAGUCCCAGACAGUCAGCCGGAGGCAGCGCCACCUAAGACCAAAUCCAAACCAUCAAAGCCACGACGACAGAGUCCGGAGUCGGAGACACAGCCGCGCACCGUUGUCCACAACAACGAAGAAGAUGCUCCGGAGGGCCAUAGUCCUGACGACGGUGUGAGAGUUGUGGCAGUCGAGACCCAAGUACGAGGGACACCCACGAGGUAG